UGGAAUCCUAACUGUGUCUUUCAAUUCCGCAAGAACAAACAUUAGUCUACUAUAAAACAACAAGUAAUUUUAAAGUAUAAAAAUAAUUAAUAUUUAUUGUAUUAAUUCACUCUCAUAUAUCUAUAUUGGCAAAUAUACGAAUAGAAAGGAUGGAUAGCAAAGAUAUUGUUAAUUCAAUUCUAGAAAAUAAUACAGAAGAGAAAGAUACCCGAACUACAAUAGUAAAUAAAGAUAUAGAAGUUGAAACAGACUUAGGAACUCUUUUAGCAUUAGAUUACAACAAUUUGGACUUAAAAGCAAUAAAGUCACAGCCUGAAGAAUAUUUAAAAAGUUUAACAAGAGAUAAUGUGCAAAUAUUGAUUAAUAAAAUUUGGGAACUUCCAACAGAACGUAUUGAUGAAGUAAUAGUAGCAAAAUUACCUAAACAAAAAUUUAUAUUACCAAGAUCUCGUAAAAUUCCAAAACCUAAACCUUUAACAAAAUGGCAACAAUUUGCUAAAGAAAAAGGUAUUAAAUCUAAAAAAAAAAGUAAAUCUAAACUUAAAUGGGAUGAAGAAUUACAGAAAUGGAUACCUACAUUUGGUUAUAAACGUAAUAAAGCCAUAGAACAAAAAGAAUGGUUGGUAGAAGUUAAUGAUGAAGGUAAAGCCAUAGAAGAUCCAUUUACAGCUGCAAAGAUAGCUAAAGAAGAAAGAAAGUCUAAGAAUGAAUUACAGAGAUUACAUAAUAUUGCCAAGACAAAAAAUAUAAAAAUUCCUAAAGUAGGACUUCCUACUAAAGAACAUUUUUCUGAUUCACAACAACUUUCACAAGCUGUAACUAUUGCACGUACAUCAACAGCAUCUCUUGGAAAAUUCCAAGAUAGAUUACCAAAAGAAAAAGAUGCAAAAGGGAUUGCCAAACAAGUUCCAGGUAUGAAAAGAAAAGCUGAAGAAAUUCCUAAAAAUUUACAAGAAGAAAAAAAACGGAAUACUAAUCUGGCAGAUAGUAUUUUGAAGAGUAAUACUAAAAUUCUUCAUGAAGACUUUUCUGUACCAAAAACAAAACCAAUUAAAGCAGAUAAUAAAAAAAAUAAAAAAGGGACAAAAGCCAAGGGAGCAAAAAAACCAAAAGCAGGUAAAGGUCAACGAAAUAUGAGACUUAAAGUUGGAGGUAGAAAACGAAGAUAAAA